AUGAGCGCGUGCCGCGUGAGAACGCCGAACAAAAUUCGAUCGUUGAUCAAAGUAACAGGACUGGGCGCUGCGGUUUUCAGUGCCUACAGCGUGUGCCGUGGCGAUGAGAAGUUUUACAACAACGUGUUCAUGCCGAUUGUGAGACUGAUACCACCGGAAACAGCACAUGACCUAGCGGUACUUGGCGUUAGACUGAAACUGUUUCGCCCAGCGUAUAAGGAUACGGAUCGUCUGAAAACCAGCUUCCUCGGUAUGACGUUCAGCAACCCAAUUGGAAUUGCAGCCGGAUUCGACAAGCAUGGCGAAGCAGUUCAAGGCUUGCAGCUAAUCGGUUUCGGGUUUGUUGAGAUUGGAUCCGUAACUCCCGAACCCCAACCGGGAAAUCCAAGGCCUAGAAUAUUUCGUCUGAACGAAGACAAAGCCAUCGUCAACCGAUAUGGCUUCAAUAGUGAAGGGCACGAUGUGGUAUUCGAUCGUUUGCGUGAAUCUCGCGAGCUGCAGCCGACUAAUCAGCGAGUUUCGCUGGGGAUUAAUCUCGGCAAGAAUAAACUAUCAAACGAUGCGAUUGCGGAUUACGUGCAGGGUGUGAAGCGGUUCGGAGCUUUAGCGGACUAUCUGGUGAUUAAUGUGAGCAGUCCAAAUACGCCUGGUUUGCGGACCAUGCAGAGCAAAAGCACUUUACAAAAUUUGCUGACCGAGGUGCUUAAAGCACGUGCAACGCUCCCAGAUAAUGAGCGAAGACCGAUACUGCUAAAGCUGGCACCGGACCUAUCGGAGGAGGAUCUGAAGGAGAUUGUCGAUGUAAUUCGUGUCAAAGCUUGUGCCGUCGAUGGACUUAUAGUGUCAAACACGACCAUCGACCGCCCGGGCACACUGAAAAGCAACAACGCCGGCCAGCUAGGAGGUUUAAGCGGUCCACCGCUAAGACACCGUUCGACGGCGAUGAUUGCAAAGGUGUACAAGCUGACGGAAGGAAAGAUACCCAUUAUCGGAGUGGGAGGCAUUUUUACGGGUGAAGAUGCAUUUGAAAAGAUCGAAGCGGGCGCCAGUGUGGUGCAACUGUACACGUCGUUCAUAUUCCAUGGGCCUCCGGUGGUACCAAAAAUCAAACUCGAACUGGACCGUCUGCUGGAGCAGAAUGGGUACGCCAACGUGCAGGAAGCCGUCGGAAAAGGUGUGGAGAAAUUUUUAUCGUGAAUGUGAUUACCUCAGGAACUAGU